AUGGUGGACGGCGCGCCGCCGCCGCAGCCGCCGCUGCUCGACUCGCGCGACGCCUCGAGCGAGGGCGACGUCGCCGGCUGGGGGCGGAGCGAGGGCGUGCCGCCGCCCGAGCCGGGCGGCGACCGCUCGCUGAACGGGCUGGCGCACGGGUCCGGCGUGAGGAGGAGCGGCAAGCCGGCGGCGGGCAGCGAGCGCACCGCGGCCGGGAUGGGGCGCAGGUCCGAGGCUGCCGCGCCGCAUGCCUGCCCGCCGCGGCUCGGGCCGACGGCGGGCGACGCGGCGGCGGCCACGCCGGCGCCCGACGCGUCCGCCGCGCGCGCCGCGAGCGGUGACGUCGACGAGGAAGUGGCGCCGCCGGUGCCGCCGCCGCACCGGGGAGAUGUGGACGAGGGGGCGUGGCGGCCGCUUGCCGGCUCGUGGGCGCGCGGCGGGCGGCCGAAGGGGUCCUCGUCCG